CGUCAUCACGUAACACUCGUUAUAACGCCAGCGGGAAACGUUUAAAGCCAGGAGAAGCUCACUUAACGUGUUUUCGCAUAAGAUUUCGAGAGAUUCAGUCAUUUUGAGGUUUAGUAAGGCAAAUAAAAUGAGUUCUAUGAUAUACAUGCAAUAUUAAGGUUAUCCAAUCGCAGAGCUAUCGGGGCAGAGCUAAUUUAACAGGUGUGCAUCAUUAAGGAACAGCAGCAGUAACAGGAGACUACCAGUGUUUAAGUCGUCUGUGCAAUCAUGAGGCUAUCCAUCACUCAGAACCAGGCCAGACAGCUCCUGCACAACAAGUUUGUUGUGGUUCUUGGAGAUUCAGUGCAGCGCGCCAUUUAUAAAGACCUGGUUCUGCUGCUUCAAAGGGAUCGGUAUUUGACUCUGUCUCAGUUAAAGACCAAGGGGGAGUUCUCCUUUGAACAGGACCUCCUGAUAGAAGGGGGUCGAUUGGGUGCGAUGAAUAAUGGCACAGAGUACAAAGAGGUCCGACAGUACCGCUCAGACCAUCACCUGCUGCGGUUCUACUUCCUGACCCGGAUCUUCUCCUCAUACAUGAAGAGCGUCCUGGAGGAUUUCAAACGAGGAAUCAAACCGGACGUCAUCAUAGUCAGCUCCUGUGUCUGGGACAUCAGCAGGUAUGGAGCAGGAAGUCUCGAGGAGUACAAAGAAAACCUCCACCAGUUCUUCAGCCAGGUUAAAAACAUUGUUCCUCUCGACUGUCUCAUCCUGUGGAACAUGGCCAUGCCGCUUGGCAGGAAAAUAAAAGGAGGAUUCUUGGUGCCUGAAGUGAGUCAUCUGGCCUCCUCGCUUCGUCAUGAUGUGAUUGAAGCAAACUUCUACAGCUGUCUGACUGCAAAGGAGUACAGCCUGGAUGUCCUCGACCUGCACUUCCAUUUUCGCCUCAGUCUACAGCACCGCAUGCUGGAUGGCGUCCACUGGGACGCUCUGGCCCAUCGACAGAUCAGCAGCCUGCUGCUGCAUCACAUUGCAGAUGCAUGGGGGGUCGACCUGCAUGAGCCCCCACCUUUCCAAGGACAAGUUGUUCAGGGUUACACGGACUUUGAAUAUCACACACACAGACUGGAGAGGCCCAGACCGAGACCCCUGCAGCACAUGGUACCCCCGCAGAGAUGUCGUCCUACUCAGUACGACCAGAGUCAGUUCUGGUCCGACAGACUGGAUCUGCCUUCAACAAACUCAGAUUAUCAGCAUCGAGGUCAACUGAUGCAUCAGCCAGAUCAGCUUGGCAUGAGAUGGGUCAACGUUCUGAACGAGUGGCUCAGUGCAGGUAGAGAUGAUGGUUCCCAGAGAGACGAUCGCUGUAUGAGGCAAAGGAGACGGCCUAACAGAGCUCAGCCGUACCCCUCUCACCAGCCCCCCCACGUGACAUCCCGCCACCCCACGUACAGAUGGUGAGCGGCAGACACAGAAACCCAUUACAGCAGGAACACAGGGACUUCUUGUUAGAAAUAAAGCGAGUACGGGGGAGGGAGGUUAAGUGAAUUUGAAGUCCCUGGCUGUUUCUGGAUGUGUGGAUCAGAUUCGUAAUUAAGGUUAGAUAGAAGCACGGCGCUGCGUACGAUAGCAGAAUUGUAAUUCACUGAUCAGUGUUUGAACAUGUUUUAAAAUCCAAUUUAGUUCAGGUUUUAGAUGAUGGAGUUCACCACCAUGUUUCUGACUGAGAAAUGUUGCUAAUAAACACAGUUUCUGCUGCA